AGCAGUAGAAACGCGAAUAAGUUGCAGCGCUCGACCGAAAAUAAAAACACCGUCGUAAUGGCUGGCCUGGUCCAGGACUGUUUCUCUAUCGGUAGCACGGUAGAGUGCACGACCUGCUACAAUGCCAACAUCGAGGGCGAGGUGUUGGCGUUUGAUCAGCAAACGAAAAUGCUCAUACUAAAAUGCCCUUCGGCGAGUAAAUCCGCAAAACUGAACGACGUUUACAUCGUCAAUCUGGCAAUGUGCAGUGAUGUUCAGGUGAAAAAGGAAGUCUGCAUAGUUCCGGAGCAACCGCUGUCGUUAAAUCUGGAGCGCUUGAGCACCCGCACCAGAAAUCAGGUGGAACAGAAACGACUCCAGCUUACGGCGCUUUCGGCCGGCGUCAGUCCCGAAGGUCAGAACCUUUACAUGGCUAUCGCACGCACUAUCAAACAGGUCACCUGGUCCGGUCCAAAUAUUGUAGUCUGCAAAGACGUAACGAUAACACCUCCAUACAAAGUAGACAACGUGAACAGUUCCGACCAGCGGCAGCUGAGCUACGUGAAGAAGAUCGUGGAAAAACACGAAAACGAUCAAGCCAACAUAAAUCAAAGCACAUCGGCGGCAGACAUAGCUGCGAAUUGA